AUGACCGAAGUUGAGCCGGAAGUCAACUCCAGGCCGCUCACGUACGCUCGCAGCAGUCCGGACGACUCAAACGUACUAUGUCUGUCCUACUUUCUCGUAGGCAAGAGAGUUAUCGCCCUGCCGUCUCAGCCAGCAACACAGUACGACGACCAGAAUCAAUCAACGAGGGAUCAACUGACACGUAAAAUGCUCUACAGAGAAAAGGUGAUGCAGCACUUUUGGAGAUGCUGGAGACGCCAAUAUCUCUUGGAGCUCCGGUCAGCACAUCAUUGUGAUUCUACGUCCUCCAAGAGGCUACGACCUGGCGACGUAGUAGUGAUUGAAAGCAACAUGCCGAGGAACCUUGGGACAUCGGCAGAUCAUGGAAACCUACGAAGGUCAGGAUGGUCACGUAAGGUCGUGCCUCCUUAA